AUGGUGCUUGAUAUGGAUUUGUUUCGUGAAGAAAAGGGUGGUAACCCUGAAAUGAUUCGCGCUUCGCAGCGGCAUCGUUAUCAAGAUUCUACGUUAGUCGACAAGGUAAUCGAAAUUGACCAAGCAUGGAGGAAAGCUCGUUUUCUUCUGGAUGUUUUAAACCGUCAGAAAAAUGUGUUGAGUAAAGCGAUUGGUGAAAAGAUGAAGAAAAAAGAGAAUCAAGGUGCAGAUGACAAUGUCGACAACACCAUAGUAUCGAAAUUGGAGUCCCUAAAAGUAGAAGAUCUAAAUGGUUUGACUGUAACACAAAUAAAGAAAUUACGGGUUCUUCUAGACGACAAGAUCUCCGAGACGAAGGUAUCAAUGGAUAAUUUGGAAGUGGAGCGACAUCAAAACCUCGUGCAAAUUGGAAAUAUUGUCCAUGACAGCGUUCCGGUUUCAGACGAUGAGGCGAAUAACCGAGUAGAGCGUACUUAUGGUGAUAUCACUAUCAAAAAGAAGUACUCACACGUAGAUCUUGUUGUAAUGAUUGAUGGCUUCGAUGGAGACCGUGGGACAGCAGUGGCCGGCGGUAGAGGUUAUUUUCUCAAAGGACCACUUGUAUUUCUCGAACAAGCGGUGGUCCAGUUGGCGCUGCAGAAACUGGGAGAGAAAGGUUUCACUCCACUUUAUACCCCAUUCUUCAUGCGUAAGGAAGUGAUGCAGGAGGUAGCUCAACUGAGCCAAUUCGAUGAAGAGUUGUACAAAGUGAGCGGAAAAGGAUCUGAAGUUGCAGGGGAUAGCUCUGUCGAUGAAAAAUAUCUGAUUGCUACGUCUGAGCAACCUAUAGCAGCUUUUCACAGGAACGAGUGGCUCAAGGAAUCGGAUCUGCCUAUAAAAUACGCUGGAAUAUCAACCUGUUUCCGGCAAGAAGUGGGUAGCCAUGGAAGAGAUACUAGAGGGAUUUUCCGAGUGCACCAAUUUGAGAAAGUUGAGCAAUUUGUUAUCUGCUCGCCGAACGAUAAUGAAUCGUGGCGGAUGUUCGACGAGAUGAUGGGCAAUGCUGAGAAUUAUUGCCAGUUGCUGGGUAUUCCCUAUCAAAUCGUGUGUAUUGUUUCCGGUGAACUGAACAACGCUGCUUCUAAGAAACUUGAUCUCGAAGCGUGGUUCCCGGGCUCAGGAGCUUUCCGAGAACUAGUGUCAUGUUCGAAUUGUCUAGACUAUCAGGCUCGGAGAUUAAGGGUCCGAUAUGGAAUGACAAAAAAGAUGGACGGAGAAGUUCCAUUCGUGCAUAUGUUGAACGCAACAAUGUGCGCGACGACUAGAGUUCUUUGUGCUUUGUUGGAAAACUACCAGACUGAAGAAGGAAUCGUUGUACCUGAGGUUCUUCAUCCAUUCAUGCCUGAAAGGUACCGUAAGUUUAUCCCAUUUGUCAAACCUGCUCCAAUCGACGAGGAUUCAAAAAAGAAGCCAGGGAAGUAG